AAUUUUGUCCCACUGCGGUACCCGUAAUAGGAGGUCUGAAUGACAGAUCAUCUCUGACAGUCUGUUAGCUGUAAGAUAAUAGUUCGAUGACUUUAAUGUAAUGUUUGGACGUUUAUUCAUCAUCCUAUAAUGGAGACCAUAUACCGCCAAGGCGUUUGGAUGGCGGAGGCUCUUCAGCGGAGGACAAGCAGCUAUGAGGAUUUCUGGCUCGUUUCCUCUCAUAUGGGAGACCCGAAAGCUGCAGUCCUGCUCGUCUUCCCGGUUGUGUUUCACAUUCAUCGACGGACUGGCAUCGCUGUUAUCUGGGUAGCAGCUUUAUCAGAGUGGCUUAAUUUGGUUCUCAAAUGGAUCCUGUUUGGUGAGAGGCCAUAUUGGUGGAUUGGAGAAUCUGGAUUGUUUUCUCAAAACCCACCGAAAGUCCAGCAGUUCCUGUCCACCUGCGAGACUGGUCCAGGCAGUCCGUCAGGUCAUGCCAUGGUCACUAGUGCUGUCUGGUGGCUGAUCGUCUCUUCACUGGCGUCGUUCUUUCACACUCGCACAGGCAGUAAGAUGUUAGCUGCAGUGCCGUAUCUGUUGUAUGCAGUAUUUCUGGGAUGUGUGGGCCUUUCCCGGAUCUUCAUCCUGGCUCACUUCCCUCAUCAAGUCAUUGCAGGUCUUCUGACAGGAGUGUUGCUGGGGAUUUAUCUGAACCGGACUGUGCCUGAAUGUCGCCCUCUGCUGUUCUUCUUUUGCUGUAGCUUGACUUUGCUCUUUGGAGCACUUGUGCUGCAUGGUGCCCUGCAAAAGACUGGGAUUGAUCUUUCUUGGUCCAUCUCACUGGCUAGGAGGUGGUGUUCUCACUCCGAGUGGAUCCGUUUGGACACGGCGCCCUUCUCCUCUCUGAACCGUGAUGCCGGGGUUCUGCUAGGACUUGGACUUUCACAGUAUUGGAAGCCAGGUGGAUGGGCUCUUCCGUGGGUACCCAGGACUCUCUGUCUGGCCCUCUCGUCCAUCGCCCUCCACUACAUCAGCAGUUUCCCUUUGCCCACUGUUCCUCCUCUUCUCUUCUACACCCUGUUCUUUCUGAAAUACACCAUUGUGCCGCAGGUGGUCAUGGUGUUAGUACCGGGAUUUGUGCAUCUCCUCACAGCCAAACCCAAGAGGGAGUAAAAAUGUCGCAGUUUUCGGUGUUUGAACCAGCCAUUGACACAAAUCAUCUUGAAGAUCGAUCAUUAAUGGAGUAAUAUUGAAAUACAAGAAGACAAUACAGUUGCUUGCAGCUUUAAAGAUUGUUUUGCAACAACAACAAAAAAGUGAUAUGGAUGGAAUAUGGAUUGCUGCAGUUCAUAAACAUUUAGUUUGUGCCAAAGAAACUAUUAAGUGAAAUUCUUGUUCUUUCACGUUCAAUUGUUUACUCUAUUUAUUUAUUCUUUCGUUUUUUAAGCUUUCAAGUUAUUUGAAUUGUUUUGGACCAAUCUAUAUUCUGUCUCAGCAAAGAGGUGAAGAAAACUAGAUUUGAUCUGUUCAAAAAUUCGUCACCAAGAUUUUUUUCUUCUUCUUUUUUUCUUUAGUGUUGGUAAAUUGUUCAAAAUUUAAACUAAAUUGUUCUAGGUUGUUGCUUGUUUUUUUUUGUUUGUUUUAGCAUCUGCCAGGGGAAAAACUAAACUCCGAUCACUCAGAAAUGUAACUUUCUAUCCUCAACAACCUGCAUGAUUUGAGUAUAUGUCAGUUUAAUAUGUGGGGGUUUGUCAACUAUGAGCAAUAGUCAUGAUGUUUGUCUUGAUUUAAUUGGUUGCCACUGAAAGGACAAAUAGUACAGUUCUGUAACAGCUGUAGGCAUAUAUUUAAAGGGAUAGUUCACCCAAAGAUGAAAAUUUCAUCAUCAUUUACUCACCCUUAUGUUGUUCCAAACCUGUAUGAGUCAAAAGAUGAUAUUUUGAAUACUGUUUGUAAUCAAACAGUUGACGGUAGAUAUUGACAUCCACUGUAGGAAAAAAAAUACUAUGGAAGUCAUGGCUACCGUCAACUGUCUGGUCACUAGAAUAUCUUCUUUUGUGUUCAACAGAAGAAAGAAACUCGUACAGGUUUGCAACAACAUAAGGGUGAGUAAAUGAUGACGAAAUUUUCAUUUUUGGGUGAACUAUCCCUUUAAAGUAAACCACAAUAAAAGGAAUCAUCUUUUAAGCUUGA